ACGUCUCUGCUUUGCCAUUAAUUAUUUAUAGGAUUCCUGUAAAGCGGCGGGGAUGCGCGAGAGACGCCGCAGCGGCGAGGCUCGCCCGCUCUGAACCGGAGGACUCACCGGCAGAUGAUGACCCAGCCUGAGAGUGUUUCCAGAGGAGACGGAGGAGAGCAGGAAGGAGGAUGAAGAAGGGGGGAGAGGGGUCGAGAGCGGCAGAGGUGGGCUAUAAUGAAGUUGAGUGGGAAAGGACUGUGCACCGUGUGCUCCAGCGCCCUCCUCUUCGUGUGCGCCCUGAGCGAAGUUGUCGUUGGAUUAAGAUGCGUCUCGCUGGGAUCUACGGUGAAGGCGCACUUCCACCUCGGCGCCGCCGCCGGGGCUUUCUACUCCGGGCUGCUGGUGGGGACCGGCCAGGUGCUGCUGGGCUCGGCGAUGGUCUGUUGCGUGCGGAAGCCCGGCUGUCGGAAUUUCUUCCUCUUGGGUGUUGUUGUCUUCUUGCUGGGGGUCCUCACCGCCUUCUCCGGCGCGGUCGUGGACGGGGACACGGCUUCUUUGGUGGAGAGGAAAUUUUCCCACUACUGCUUCCACUCUGUGUUUGUGAACUCCGCCUGCCAGCAGCUGCGGGAGUACCAGCGGACCCUGGUCAUCUCCACCGUCCUCAGCACUUUGGAGUGCCUGCUGGGGCUCCUCAACCUGGUCAUCAUCAAGCGCUACAAGGCGGAGCAGUUCUCUAGGAGCCGGCAGCGGCAGCGGCAGCGGCAGAGCAGCGGGGGGCCGAUCGUGUUCAGCGAGGAGCGGGACUGCUCGGCGGCGGGGCUCCAGCCGGUGUCUUACAUCAACCUGGGGGUGUUCAGCGUGCUGGACGAGACGGGGGCCGAGGUGCAGCGCGGGGGCCACCCGUCCAUCGACCUGCCCGGAUACUGGCCCUGGGACCCGGAGCUCAACCACUGCUUCCCAUUCUCAUACCCGAUCCCCAGCGAACUGCCGCCCGCCUACGAGGACAUUUUCCCCGCCGAGGCAAGAAACACAUAGCCGCUCCGGAGCCAGCCCAGCCCCUGCUGUGACAAUCACUGACUUUUUCUUUUUCCUUCUUCUUUUUUUUUUCUUUUUUCUUUUUGCUUAAAAAGAAAAAGAAAAAACAAACAUGUUCCUCCAAAACACACAAUAUUACAGUAUGUUACACAGGAGGUUUUAUGUCAGCAGACCAUUAUUCUCAUGUUUUCUGGUGACAUAUCAUCGAGGAGCCAGAUUGAAAACGGAUAAAACAUUUAAAAUCUAAAAUUAAAAGUGGCAGCCUACAGGCCCAGACAAGUGCAGGCACAUCCAGGCCCAUAAACGCAACAGCUUGCUGGAAGAAAUGAAGUGGAGAGUUGCUGUUUUCCUGAAUGGUUGCUGUUACCGUUUUUACUUGUGAAUAAAAUGUGUAUUUAACCUCAGCUGAAGUCCCGAAACUGCUGCCAGUGUUGAGCCUGAACUUCCACGGUGUAUUUCCCCCCCUAAUUGUUUAAACAGUGGCUGGUCAGGUUGGUGCCCCGGCCCGCUGGUCAAACAGGGCCGGAUGUAGAAGGGGGGCAGGUUUGGUGCCCUAUACCCUCUACAACUUUCUUUCACAUAUGCGAAUUACAAUAGAUCUAUUUUAAAAAAAUUUACUCACGUCUAUAUUAAAAUAGAGUUCUUUUUCUCCUGGAACACUUUUGUAUUCUUUUCUUUUUAAAAAUAGAAAUAACUUCAUCCUGAUUAAAAGACAAUGUCAGAUCAAUUUUAAAGGCCAGAUUUAGAAGGACGUGGUCCCCAGUUUUAGUGCCCUAUCUGCUGACCGCAUACAUUAGUGGGUAUACAUUUAUAUAUUCUGGUCAAUAGCUACAUAUUGUUCCAGAAAACUGUACUAUAACUUCAACAUUUUCUAAUACUUCAGUAUUGUUUGAUUUUCAUGACUUUGUUUAUAUCCUGUGGUUUAUAUAAAGUAAAGUGUUUGUAAAACACACACAUUCAUAAAACAAACAACAUAAGAAAGACAAAUGAAAAAUCUUUUCUCCCCCCCUAAAAAAAGUUGUUGCCCUGGGCUACUGCCCCUUUCUAAACUCUGGCCCAGCUGAUGUGUAACAAAGUCCCUGAGACACACCAAAAAUAAACACAGUAUGGAUCCUGUGUUUAAAGCUCGCUGUGCCUUAUAUUAUUGGGUUCAUUGAGUCAGAGGUGGGGCUACAAAAUUAUAAGUUUUUGAAACAGUUGACUAACCUUUCCAAGAGACAGGUUCAUAAAGUGUUUUUACUCGGUUUGUGUUCCGACAGGGUCGUAUUGACCCCUGUUGGGCUUUUACAAGUUUUUUAUUGUGUGCGGUUCUGGUAACCGACGCCCUGACGGGACAAUUCCCCGCUGUCAGACCGUGACAUUUGCCGCACUCCUCCUGAG